AUGGACAAGGAAGAAAACUUUUCUACAUCUCAAUAUUAUACCAGCUCUGCUAAUGAUCCAGAUGACCAAAUCUUUCCUUCAUACCUUGGUGAUGCUUUGGCAAUUGACUCUGGUAGUGAAAUAAGCGACGAUGAAGACAUCACUGAGGAUACUCUUAGACAAAUAUUGGAAUCAGAAGACAUCAACGACGACCACGAAGAAAUUACACCAAGCAACGUGGAUGAUUUUUCUUGGUCUGAUGAUUUCCAAACAUUUACAGGUGUAUUGGAAUCAUUUACCGAACAAUCAGGACCUACAGUAUCAUCUACCGAUCCUUUAGAGUUAUUUAACCCUUUAUGGGGCUCUGUCGAUAUAUUCGACACCAUACUUUUUAUUGAUUUAUUUUUAAACUGCUAG